UUUGAUAGUGCUUUCGAAGGCGUAUGUUCCUUAUUUGAUAUAGGAGCAAUUAAAACAGAUAAGGAACAACCAUUUGGUUCAAAACAGAUUCAAGACAAUAUUGGGAAGUUGAAAAGGAAACUCAGGAAAAAUACCACUAGUCUUUAUCAACAUUUACUCUUGAAGAAACCGGUCAGAGAAAUGAAGCCUACACUUCCGUUAAGUGUUAAAAAUAGGUGUAAAGAAUUUGUAUCAAGCUUUUCUGACUAUAAUUAUAGCAGAUUUUCAAGCAAGUUUAUUCAUAAUAAGACAUGGAAAGAAUUUGAAAAGGAAAUUUUAUUAGUCGUAAAUAACAUUUUUAGUACUAUAGAAGACGUGUGGAAUAAUCUAGCUCUUAACUCUAAAACGGCUAGAGCAUUAAAUGAGGGAAUUUAUCAGUCUACUGUUAUUGUACUAUUUAUUCAAGCUGCACUAAAAAAUCUUUCCUUUAGAUUGUCUUCAUUUAUUAACACGUCAGAAAGAGAAAGUCUUGCUAGUGCGAAUAGAAAAGGAGACGGUCAAGUGGGAAGACAUCCCGAUAUCAUGUUUAUGGUGAAACAUUUGGAUAUGCUCUUCGAAAUUAUAGAGUGUAAUGAUGGUAUGUAUUAUACACAAAAAUUUCUUAAUCCAGAAAAAAACCAAUUUGGAAUCGUUGGGAUACAAAUAGCAGGAGAUACUUUACAUCUGAAUGUUCUUAUCAGGGAUACAACAAAUAUUCAUAAAUAUUAUAAUAUAGAAACAGUAAAAAUCCCUGUGCAAAAGUCAGAUGAGACUAUCGUAAUUAAAUUUGUAGAAACUCUUCUCUUUUUACGUAACAUAUUAAUUACAAAUUUGUCUUUACUAUAUUAUGGAUCAGUGUGUAUAUCUGAAAGGCAAAAGGAAGGCAGUACGACUAUAGAUACUGAAUAA